CUCCGAGUAGUUGACAGUGUCCAAAAGUGCGCACGGCUCUUACAGACAACGGAGACACUACAUCUCCUCCCGGCUCCCUGUACUGACUCUGCUGUCCAGCCAGAGGACGGAGUGCCCCGUCUCGACCCACGGCACCAGGCUGUCAUCGCGGAUUGACAUAUUUCGAGACGAAACUUUUUUUUUUUGUUCGCUCCCCGCAAGCUCGUGACGCCGUCUCCUCCUGCCUUUCUCUCCCCUGUCCCGAGACACGCGAGAGAAAUGGCAGAGAAGCGUCGCUCCCCGUGCGCGCUCAGUGUCAAGGCUCACGCGUUCUCCGUGGAAGCGCUGAUCGGUGCGGAGAAGAGACGCAGGACGGACGGAGGAGAAGAUGCUGUGUGUCCCGGCUACGAGGACGGAACCGACGUCUCUGAUCUGACCGGGAGCCCGGUGCCGCGUGCGGACCGGGCUCGAGACCAGAGCAGCGAGGCUGAGUGUGCGAGCGAGGGAUCCCCGGAGAGCGAGGACGCGCUGCUGGAGAGCCCGCAGCCCGCUGUUCUGUGCACGGCGCCGGUCACCGGCACCGGAGAGGAGGCCCGCGUAGACCUGCAGGGGUCAGACCUGUGGAAACGGUUCCACGAGAUUGGCACGGAAAUGAUCAUCACCAAGGCUGGACGGCGGAUGUUCCCUGCGAUGCGUGUGAAGAUCACGGGCUUGGACCCACACCAGCAGUAUUACAUCGCCAUGGACAUCAUCCCCGUGGACAACAAACGCUACAGGUACGUGUACCACAGCUCUAAGUGGAUGGUAGCAGGGAACGCAGACUCUCCUGUGCCGCCCAGAGUGUACAUCCACCCGGACUCCCCGGCCUCAGGGGAGACGUGGAUGCGUCAGGUGAUCAGCUUUGACAAACUUAAACUGACCAACAAUGAGCUCGAUGACCAGGGACACAUCAUUUUGCACUCCAUGCACAAGUACCAGCCCCGGGUCCAUGUGAUCCGUAAGGAGUGUGGAGAGGAGUUAUCUCCAGUGAGAGCCAUUCCCUCUGGAGAAGGCACGCACACAUUCGCCUUCCCUGAGACGGUGUUCACUACCGUCACUGCAUAUCAGAAUCAACAGAUUACACGGCUGAAAAUUGACAGAAACCCAUUUGCCAAAGGCUUCCGAGACUCUGGCAGAAACCGGAUGGGUCUGGAGGCUUUGGUCGAGUCGUACGCAUUCUGGCGUCCGUCUCUACGGACACUCACGUUUGAAGAUAUCCCCGGCAUGCACAAACAAGGAAUGGUAGGAGCUCAUGGAGGGGUCGGAGCGUCCUCUCACUUGCUCUCCACAUCGCCAUGCUCCUCACCUUUCCAGGUGUGCCCUCUCAGCCCACCAGACUACGCCUGCAGUCGACCCACACACCCCCUCCAUCGCUUCAGCAGCCCCCCAGAUUCGUUCCCCUCUCCCAGAGGCCCGUCGGCAUACGAAAGUGAAGGAUUCUGUUCCCUGCCCCUCCCUGCAUCUCAACUUGGCUAUCUAUCCAACCCCACUCCACAGGGCUACGCUGGUCUUCGCCUCCACACGCCGCCCUACAGCCUGUAUGGUUACACAUUCCCUCCGUCACCGCGCCUCGCAGCCAGCCCUGAUAAAAUGGCCGCCGCUGCCACUGCCAAUCAUCAGAGUCCCUUCCUUGGCUCGUCUCCUAGCGGGACUCUAACGGACAGUCUGGGUGUGCUGAGUGCAGGACAGCAAGGCUUUUUGUUUGACUCUCGGACUUUAGGACUGGCAGGUACCCAACCAAGAGGAGGGGCCUCACAGGUCACUGCCCACAUCGGCUGAAUUUGAUCCCGGGCAUUUAGGGUUGUCAGGAAAACAAAAACGGCACCCUGGAAUGGGUGGAAGUUGCUUAAUCAUACAUGUGCUAAACAGGCAUUUGAGCUGAACUGUGGACAAAGAGCGACAGAUCAAGCCAUUGCUUCUGUGAUCACACGUUAAAAAGCUCCUCUAAGUCAAGGAAACGUUUCUUAACUCUGUUUCGCUGCAUUGGUCGCUAAAGGAACACAUGUCCAGCAGCUUUCAUUAAGGAGUCCAAGCAACACUGAACUGGAACUGAAUAUGGACUGGGCAGACACAGAGCGACUGGCCCAGCCACUCCGAGCAAGCACUUCAAACUCUGGCAGGAGGCCCUGAAGCAGUGACUAUCAUGCUCUCACAGCAUUCUGCACGGCCUCUGUGAUCUCGCCUACUACGAAAUGGAGUUACUGAACACUACUUUUAAACUUUAUUUUAAGGGACACGUUGACUAAAUUACAUCUUGACUGAACUUUGGUCAGUUCAACUCUCUGUUGGUGUUACCAUUCAAUGCGUUUGUGCAUUAGAGAACAUGCAGUUAAGUAUAAUAUGCACUACAGACAGGCUCACAAAACAAACACACAAAAGACUUUAACACACAACACCACAUAUUCAUACCGAGGAGGUUAAAGCUGCAGGAGAAUAAUGGAUGAAGGACAUAUCUAUAUAUUCUAUGUCUGAUUUUGUUUGGAAGAUGGUGAAGCUGCUUGAAUGGCAGAGAGAACAAUGUUUUUCCUUUGUGUGAUGCAGACGUAAAUGCACAUGAUGGCUCUGUAUAUAAAGGGAGGGCGGGAGGAGACAUAAUGUAUAUAAAGGUGGCCGUGUGUUCGCACUUAGAAACCCUAACGCACCUGCUUCUGCUCUUUAGACUGGGUCAGGUACACGGACAGGCGGCCCUGAACUUGACUGAAAAGCUUUCCGCUAUAACGUGAUCUAUUUUGUGAUCUGUUUGAGCCAAAUAAAAUAUAUCUAUUCAUGACACAAUGUA